CCAAGAUCCCAUCUAAGUUAAACUUACGAAAAACACAAAUUUAAUCAUCCAAAACAAGGUGCUUCCUUUUUCUUUCUUCCCAUUUUUUCUCUCUCCUACCUAUGUCAUUAUCCAUCACCAACCCCGUUCUCCACCCACUUAACCAUAAAACCACAAUUUUCUUAUUCUUCUCUAACCACACCUUUCCUCUCUCCUAAACAACAACAAUAUGGCUCUCCUCCUUAUUAUCCCACUCUCCCUUAUCUUGCUCCUCCUAGCUUACAAUCUUUUCCAAAAGUUUCGAUACAAGCUACCGCCCGGCCCGAAACCGUGGCCGGUUCUCGGUAACAUUUACGACAUUAAGCCGGUUCGAUGCCGGUGUUUUCAUGAAUGGGCUCAAAUAUACGGCCCAAUACUGUCAUUCCGGCUUGGGUCUAAGCUAAACGUCGUCGUUUCGAAUGCUGAGCUAGCUAAGCAAGUGUUGAAGGAACAUGAUCAAACUUUGGCUGAUAGACAUAGAAGUAGAUCAUCUGCUAGAUUUAGUAAAAAUGGUAAAGAUCUUAUUUGGGCUGAUUAUGGGCCUCAUUAUGUUAAGGUUAGAAAAGCCUGUACUUUGGAGCUUUUUACCCAGAAAAGACUUGAGGCCCUCAGGCCUAUUAGAGAAGAUGAAGUUACUGCCAUGAUUGAAUCACUCUUCAACGAUUGCACUAAACCUGAAAACAAAGGCAAACCCCUUAAAGUAAGAAGGUACAUAGGGACAGUUUCAUUCAACAACAUCACAAGGCUAACUUUUGGGAAGAGGUUUAUAAAUGACAAGGGAGAAUUGGAUCCCCUAGGAAAGGAAUUCAAGGGUAUACUAUCUAGUGGGUUUAAAUCUAACAAGACUAGCUUCUUGGCCGAGCACCUUCCAUGGCUCCGAUGGUUGUUGGUCCCUCUCGACACAGAAAAGGGUGACGCCGCUAUGCACAAUGCUCGAUUAGACCGAUUUACUCGAGAGAUCAUGGAGGAGCAUGCUAAAGUAAAGUCGAAAGAUGUUGGUGGUAUCAAGCAACACUUUGUUGAUGCCUUGCUCGGUCUCAAGGAUGAGUAUGAUCUUAGUGAAGACACCGUUAUCGGGCUUCUUUGGGAUAUGGUGAUUGCUGGAAUGGACACAGUUUCAAUCUCAGUUGAAUGGGCCAUGGCAGAGUUAAUAAAGAACCCAAGAGUACAAAAAAAGGCCCAAGAAGAGCUAGACCGGGUUAUCGGGCAGGAACGAAUCAUGAUCGAGGAAGAUUUCUCAAACCUUCCCUACUUACAAGCACUGGCCAAGGAGUCCCUAAGGCUUCACCCACCAACCCCUCUAAUGUUGCCCCAUAAGGCAAAAGCUCAUGUUAAGAUCGGUGGCUAUGACGUUCCAAAGGGCUCUAUUGUCUAUGUUAAUGUUUGGGGUUUGGGACGCGAUCCCAAUGCAUGGCGUGAUCCAAACGAGUUCCGGCCAGAACGGUUCUUUGAAGAGGACGUGGACAUGAAGGGUCACGAUCACCGGUUGCUACCUUUCGGGGCAGGUAGACGUAUUUGCCCAGGAACACAAUUGGGUAUAAACUUGGUCACAUCUAUGUUGGGUCAUCUAUUGCACCAUUUUGAUUGGAACCCACCAAAUGAUGAAGAAAUUGAAAUGAAAGAAGCCCCAGGAAUUGUUACCUACAUGAGCACCCCUCUACAAGCUAUACUUGCUCCAAGGUUACCUGCAGAUCAAUUGUAUAAACGCGUACCAGUCGAUAUGUAACUUUUAGUAGCAUUUUUAGUCGCGUACCUAAGUUUGAUCAACAAGGGAAUGAAAAAACAAUUGACGCGAGCGAGGCCACUACAUGAUAUUUUUGUAUUUUUUUUUUUACCAUGUGUAGUUUCUAUGUACAAGAGAAAUGUGAGUUUAAGAAAACGUACUCUCUUUAUAUCACUUGCACACAUUACCAUGUA